AUGGAGGCUCUCGUUAGAACUCGCGGAACGGCUAAGGGUAAGCUUACCAUUUUCAAGAAUUAUAUAGUCAGUACGGUGGAAGCGCAAGCAGAGCACGGUCGGCCAUUAGACGAAGUGACGGCAUUGGAAAUCCGCGAACGCAUUAGUCGUAUACGUGAAACGUACAAUAAAUUCGAGCAAAUUCAAGCGGAAAUAGAGGCGAUCUGUGGUGAAGAGAAAGCGCAGGAAGCAGGAGAAUAUCGCGAGCAGUUCGAAACAGAAUAUUAUCAAACGAUAGCAAGGGCGGAAUUUUUACUUAUUCGUCAAGCAUUAGACGCGAAUACGCGAGUAGCGAGCGGUUCGCAAGCGCAAGAGCAACUAUUACAGGGAGCGCAGGUUCUUCCAAAUGCCGCCAGGCAGCCGAAUCAACAUAUCAUAUUAAAGACAGCGGGCAUUAGAUUGCCUACGAUAGAAUUACCCAAGUUUAGCGGUAACUUUUCUGAUUGGUUAAGUUUCAGAGACACAUUCGAAUCGCUUAUUCACAGAAACGAAACGAUAGAUCCCAUACAGAAAUUUCAUUAUUUGAAGGCUUCUUUGGAAGGAUCUGCUGCUCAGAUUAUAAAGUCGCUCGAAAUUUCUGCCGUGAAUUACGCUGUGGCAUGGAGUGCGAUAUGUGAUCGCUACAAUAAUAAGAGGUUAUUAGCGCAUAAUCAUGUAAAGGCGAUAUUUAGUAUUAGUCAGAUGAAACAAGAGUCCGCAAGUCAAAUUCGCGAAACUAUUGAUACUUUAAAUAAACAUUUAAGAGCAUUAACAGCUUUAGAGCAAUCCACCGAGCAAUGGGACACAUUGUUAAUAUACAUAAUAUCGACUAAGUUGGACGGCGUCACCGCGAGAGAGUGGGAGAAGGAGAGAGCGGGCAACGACAUUCCCACGUUAGAAGAAUUCAAGACAUUUCUAAUUUCGCGAGCGGACUUGUUGGAUAGCAUCGAAAUAAAUGAGAAGGACGUCUCAAAAUCAAAGCAAGCGGAUCGCCCUAAGGUAAAAUCGUUUCUAGUUCAGAAGCAAAGGUGUUCGCUAUGUAAGGAAGCACAUCAUUUAGCGAACUGCGAGCAGUUUCUCAAGCUCACACCACAAAGGAGAGCAGAGCAGUUAAAAGGUUCGAAGCUUUGCCUCAAUUGCAUGAAGCCAGGGCACUUCAUUAAAGAUUGCAGAGCCAGUCUUUGCAAAAAGUGCUCCGGUAAACACAAUACUUUAUUGCACUUCGAGAAACAAUCAUCGGAGAAUGCAACUCCGGUAGUCGAAAGCGGAAGCUCAUCGGUUUUAUGCUCUCAUAGUCAGCAGGCAUCUGGCGUAUUAUUAGCUACAGCAUUAGUUUUGGUAACAGAUCGACGAGGUAAACAGCGAAGCGUACGCGCGUUACUCGAUCCAGGAUCUCAAUCGAGCCUAAUCACAAGGAAAUUAUGUCAAGAGUUAAGUUUGGACACAAACAGAAUCAAUACGAGCAUAGAAGCCAUAAACGGCAUGGCAUUACAAAUAGAGCAUAGCUGCGAGGUCAAGAUAGCAGCUCAUUACAAUAAUUACGAGUUUCGCGUGAAAUGUUUGGUAACGCCCGAAAUAACAAGUCAGCUACCAAGUCGUCGCAUUAAUUUUCAGAGCCUACAGAUCCCAUCAAACAUUAAGUUAGCUGAUCCUUCUUUUUAUACACCGGGCGGUAUAGACAUCCUAAUAGGAGGCGAUUGGUUCUGGAAUCUCCUUUGCAUAGGGCAAUUCAAAAUAGAACAGCUCACGAUGCAGAAGACUAGGCUGGGAUGGAUAGCAGCCGGCCCGCUCGAACCAACGAGCGUAAAUCCCAUCAAAUGCAAUUUUGCCAAGGAAGUAGACAUAGACAGACAGUUGACUAAAUUUUGGAACAUCGAAGAGAUUCAGGACCAAAGAAUAUUCACCUCGGAGGAAAGGGAAGCGGAGGCGCAUUUUGUGAGAACGACUCGAAGAAACGAAGACGGAAGAUUCAUCGUUAGCAUGCCAUUUAAGAAAGGUCCAGACGAGCUUGGCGAGUCGAGAGCAAUCGCUCGUCGUCGUCUCAUCAAUCUAGAGAAAAAAUUGCAUAGAACGGAGGCGCUCGAACAACAAUAUUCGGCUUUUCUCGAAGAAUACGAAAGGUUAGGCCACAUGCGGAAGAUUUCGAAUGAAGCAACACAAGGACCGAUGCAAGCUGGGCGGAAUCUAGGUCUGACAGAAAGUCGACCAGUGGAUACAUAUUUAAAUAUUAUGGAAGCACAAUCAGCUGGGCUUGCAGAAAGCAAUCAUGCGUGGCAUUAUCAUCUGCAGAGGCGGAAUAUAUCGCUGAGUGAUGGAUGUCAGGAAAUGUUAUGGCUGACGAAACUAUUGAAAGAUUUUCAAGAAAAUGUAAAGCUACCGGUAAAAAUGUAUGAGGACAACCAGAGUUGCAUAAAACUCACAGAUAAUCAGAAAUUUAGUAAAAGAACGAAGCAUAUAGAUACGAAGUAUCACUUCAUAAGGGAUUUAAGCAAGAGCAAUAAAAUCUUGCUUGAAUACUGUAAGAGCGAAGAUAUGAUCGCAGAUAUGCUAACGAAAGCAUUGCAUAAUAUAAGACUCCGCAGAUUGUCAGAAGCCAGUGGACUUGAGCUUUUUUCCAACAAAUGA